AUGAUGACAUUGCUGAGAAUUGCUGCAAUUUUCGUGGCUUGUGUCGGAUGUGGAGUUGAAGGUAGGAUAAGGACAGUUGAUCCAGGAAAUUUUUGAUGACUUUUGUGAGAUUCUUAGCUUGCGCUUGCCAUAAAACAUUGAGAUUUUUUGACCGAAGUCUGAAAAAAUUGUUUCAUUUUUUUGCCGUUUUUUGGUUGUCAGCAGAUUUUGCAAAAAGGUGAAUAUUAUACUUAAUAACCUACAUAUGUACAAUAAAACCUGUCCAUACCGAAAAUUUUUAAACAGAUCUUUAAACGGUCUCAAGAGCAUUUUGCCCACACUAUGGCAAAAUGAACUCCAAUACAACAAACAUCCACUAUAACAACUCAAUUUUUUGGCCCCUAAAAAAGUUUGUUAUACCGAAAUUUGGUUGUCAUCAAGAUUAACAAAGACCCAAAUUCUAAAAAGUUCGCUUCUUACGACUCUAUUUCAGCUCAACCUCUCCCCAGAUUCAACGUUGGAAGUUGGUGGGAAUACCUCCCAUUCUCGUACGACCGUGGCUACAAACUUCAGCUCGAUAUCACCAAGACUUCCACCUACGUUAUUGAGGACAAGUGUGCGAAUAUCAAACCCCGUCCAGCUUAUUUGAAAUUCGUCCCAGAGAAAUCGACCACCUUCAAAAGGCUGGACAGAAGCUUUGAAGAAACUUAUGAAACUGACCUCAACGAGUUCAGAAGUGUUGUUCAAGGAUAUGUGGGACAAGAUGCGACGGUAAAUUGGCGGAGAAUGGUCGUCAAAAAAUAUAAAAAAAUUGAGGCUUUGUGUUUCAGGGAUCCGACAAAAAAGUGAGAAGCUUUGGAGUGGCCAAACGAGUCUCCAAACAGAGGGAUCCCACGAUGACCAACAACAACCUGCUCGUCGGAGGAGUUGUGGGGUUGGCGAGGAAUACUCAGGCCAACAACCCGCUCUACAAUGGCGAUAUUGUUUUCAAAAAUGAAAAGAAGAUACUCUGUAACAUGGCCAGAUGCUAUAAUCAGCCAAGGUAAGCUUUGCCGGUAUUUAAGAGUCGCUUUCAAAUUUCAAAUGCUAGUGUGAAAAAAUAGUAAAGAACUGGGGAGUUUGGCCUCGUAGAUAACCGAAGAAUUGGUCACCCAUUGCUCAACCUUUUUUGACUUUCUAUAUCAAAACUUGGCGGCAAAGACGUCACCAAAGAUCGCAUAUUUCCUAGCAAGCGUUGGUCUGAAUGCGCUUUGUAGAAACAACCAAGGUUCAUGUACUCAUUCGUGGACAAAUUUCGUCGAAUUCUUUGGUUGACCUUUCAAAAACGCAAGCUAAAAUAUUGAAAAGAAAACGAUCUCUGACAUAGUACCAAUUUGCUGUAAAAUUAAGAAAAAAUCCUAGAUUCGCAAUUUGAGAAAUCUUGCAGUUAUUUUGCCCCAAGUUUCACUACCUCCUCCUACUUUGACAACGCUUGCACAAAGCAAAAAUAUUAAUUUUGUUUUGUAAUAGGGACCUCAUUUCAGCAACGUUUCCAUCUGCGUUCACUAUCGCUCCUUCAACGGCAAGCUUCCCGCUCGUUCGAAAGUAAUUUCAACCGUUGAAGCGAAGCCUCAAACUCCGUUAUGGAAGUUUGAAGUUGACUCUUUUUCCUUCGCCGAAACUACCAUCAACAUUCCAUUCAACGCCAUUUUGGCCAACACAAACCCAAACAUUGUGCUUCCGUCCGCCGUUUUCUCAGACAUUCUAGGCAAUUUGGAGGCCAAAAAAGUUGGGGAUUUGUACGUGGUCGACUGUGCGUAUUAUGAUGAUGGGCCAACGCUGGACUUCAAGAUUGGCGGAGAGAAAGUCUCGGUUACUUCCGAUAUUUACAUUGCUCAUAAUGCCUACAACAACGAGACCGAGUGCAUUUUGAGAAUUCGUCCGUCUACUGAGAAUCAGGAUGACUGGGUGUUGGGAACGGCGUUUUUGGAUUUGAUUGGGAUUUGCUUGGACUUUGUUAACGACAAGAUCAGCUUCUUGGAGUACGUGUAA